UGUUAAAUUUCUAAUCAGAUCAUAAUCAGUUUACACUGUGUUAAGUUGGCCGUGGAAAAUAUUGUAUUGAAUGUAGAAAAAGAGGCGGAUGGGUUUAGCACAGCCGUAAUUAAGGACUGAUCGCCCACCAUGGCUAUGUCCAAAGGAUUUAAAGUGUUGGAAAAGUCCUGCCCACCAAAUCCGUACAGUAUAAUCUUACAACACAGAAACAAAGAUACUGCUUUAUUGUUUGAAUCUCAAGCUGUGGUCUCACUUUCACCUCAGGAGACAGACACUUUUCGGAAACAGUUUCACAAAAUCGCUGACGCUUACGCCUGCCUAGGCGUCCUGCAGCUGAACUCCGGGGAAACCUGUCUGCUAUAUCUAGUGCUGGUGACCGGCUGCUGCUCCGUGGGAAAGGUGGGCGAUGUUGAAGUUUUUAAAAUCACUCAAACACAAUUCUUACCUCUCUUUUACCAGACUAAUGAUGACAAAGUAUCAGAAGUAAAGAAAUUACUCAACUCUGGAACAUUCUAUUUUUCUUGGAACACGGGAAAAUCCAACGAUAAUCUCUUUGAUCUCACACUCUGUGCACAACGCAAGAGUAAAGGAGCUAAUCCUGAUAACAGAUUCUUUUGGAACAGAACUCUGUUCAUACAUUUGAUUAGGUACGGAAUUGAUUGUGAAGACUGGCUCACUAGAGCUAUGUGUGGGUCAGUGGAAAUAAGAACCAUCUAUGUGGGCCACCGGCAGGCUCGAGCAGUUUUAGUAUCCCGUCUGAGCUGUGAAAGAGCUGGCACUCGUUUCAAUGUGAGGGGAUGCAAUGAUGAUGGCAAUGUUGCCAAUUUUGUUGAAACUGAACAGUCAAUUUACAUUGAUGACUCUGUGGCUUCUUACAUACAAACCCGAGGGUCAGUUCCUCUGUUUUGGGAGCAGCCGGGAGUACAAGUUGGAUCUCAUAAAGUUAAGAUGUCCAGAGGCUACGAUGCCUCUACCAGUGCUUGCGAUAGACACUUCUCUGCUCUGAAGCGUAAUUAUGGUUCUGUGAUUGUUGCCAAUCUUUUAGGAUCCAGUUUAAUCGGAGGAAGCGAAGGUGAAGCCACUUUGAGCAAUGCUUUUCAGAAGCACCUUAACGAGUCUGCUCAUGCAGAUAUUGUCCAGAUAAUCUUCGAUUACCAUCAGGAAGUCAGAGCUUCGUCCAUCGAAGGCGCAUUAGUGAAAUUCAAAAAGAUAGUUGAGAAAUAUUAUGAUGAAAUGGGGAUAUUCAGUGCCAAAAGUGUUGAUAUUUACAAUAUUCAGAAAGGUGUUAUUCGAACAAACUGCCUUGAUUGCCUGGACAGAACCAACUCCAUUCAGACAUUCAUUGGGCUAGAAAUGCUCAAUAUACAGCUGAUGCUCCUUCAAUGUGUUGAUAAGAAACAGAAUGUGAACAGAUUUGAGGAAGUUUUUAAACAGAUGUGGGUGAACAAUGGCAAUGAAAUAUCCAAAAUUUAUGCAGGCACUGGAGCUAUCCAAGGGGGCUCCAAAUUGAUAGACGGAGCUCGCUCUGCAGCCCGUACAAUACAAAACAAUUUGUUAGAUAAUUCCAAGCAAGAAGCUAUUGAUAUUUUGCUUCUAGGUUCUACUUUAAACUCAGAACUUGCUGAUCGUACAAGAAUCCUCUUACCGGCUAAUCUACUGCACACAUCAACUCCAGUGCUGAGAGAAAUGUGCCGCAGAGUCAAUGAGUACACAACACCUUCCUCUAUUAGGAUCACAAUCGGAACAUACAAUGUUAAUGGUGGUAAGCAUUUUAGAAGUCUCGCUUACAAAGACGUCAGCUUAGCCGACUGGUUGCUGGAUUGCCCUAACAAUUCAUUAGUGAAUACUGUCCAAGGCAAGGAUCAUCCUUCUGAUAUAUUCGCGAUUGGUUUUGAAGAAAUCGUCGACCUUAACGCCAGCAACAUCAUGGCCGCCAGUUCUGACAACGCAAAGGCAUGGAGUGAGGAGUUAGAAAAAGUUUUAUGCAGAGAUGCACCCUACACUCUUCUCUCCUCUCAUCAACUAGUAGGAGUGUGUUUAUUCGUAUUUGCUAGAAAAGAUUUAAUACCUCACAUCCGAGACGUAGCGCUCGAUUCUGUGAAAACAGGUCUCGGGGGCGCCACGGGUAACAAAGGCGCAGUUGCAAUAAGACUAGUAAUUUACGGAACCUCUCUCUGUUUCGUUUGCGCCCAUUUCGCCGCCGGCCAGUCUCAAGUGACCGAACGAAACGCCGACUACACCGAAAUCACAAGGAAAGUAGCUUUUCCGAUGGGCCGAUCCCUGUACUCUCACGACUACGUUUUCUGGUGCGGCGACUUCAACUACCGCAUAGAUCUAGACAAGGACGAAGUGCGACUACUCGUGUCGCAGAAUAAUAUGCAGCGGCUUCUUGAGCAAGACCAGCUAACGAGACAGAAAGCGCAAGAUCUCGUGUUCAAAAACUGCUUCGAAGGUGAUAUAACAUUCCCUCCGACGUACAAGUAUGAUCUCUUCAGCGAUGACUACGACACUAGUGAAAAGUGCCGAGCCCCGGCCUGGACCGACCGCAUUCUGUGGCGCAGCCGGAAACACACUAUCGACCCGGAAGGGACGUCAGAAUUAGCCGCCGGAAAGUUACUCCACUACGGCCGAGCAGAACUGAAACAGAGCGACCAUCGGCCCGUAAUAGCAAUUCUCGAAGUGGAAGUGCUUCAAGUCAGUUACACAAAAUGCAUGGAAGUGUUUUACGAAGUGGUCAAUGAUCUGGGACCUCCGGACGCGACGAUCGUCGUGCAACCUUGCGACGACAACGGUGAGUCCGUAUUUGACGAUAAUUUGGUAGCCGCCGUACUGCAAGAACUCGCCACAAUAGGCGAAGUGACUCUCGUGAGGAUCGUGGAGGAACAGUCGACUUCGCUGAUAAUCACGUUCCGAGACGGACAGAACGCUCUCGCCGCCGCGCAGAAGGAACAUCUGACCGUCCGCUCGGUUCCUCUGCGCAUCACUUUGAAAUCUCCGAAUUGGGUGGAGGUAGUCAAGUCGGAGUUGAAUCUGUGCACGAAUAAUACGAUUCCGCUGUUCGGUGAGGCUCAAGCGGAGCGGCCGCUGAGGUCGGCGCCGCCGACGCCGCGCCGGCAGCAGCCGAGCAGGCCGCCGGCGCCGUCGCCGACGCCGCUGGUGCCGUCGCGCGCGCCCGCCGCCGCCGCGAGUCCCGCGCGGCCGCCGCCGCCGCGGCCCGCGCCUAUGGCACCCGCCGCUGACAACGGCAAGCCGGCGCCGGUGUCGCCGCCGCCGCUGUCCUCGCCGCCGCCGCUGUCGUCCCCGCCGGCGGACAGCGGGCCGCCGCCGUCGUGCUCGCCGCCGCCGCCGCCGGCCGCCGGGCCGCCGCCGCCGGUCCCCGCGCGGCAGGGCGCUCCGCCGCCCCUACCCGCUCGCCCGCGGCCGGCUUCCUAAAUUCCAUUACGCAUUUCUAGAAUUUGUAAUAACUCGAACAAAUCAUGUACGCGGGUAAGUGUUCCGUAACUCCAUACGUUCCUUUUAUUUGCUUAAAUUGUUGUUGAAGUUAUUUAUUGCAUUAGAGUAGUAGGUGUCCACUUUGUUAAAAAAAAAUAUCGGUUGUAGGUUAGUUAAUAUAGGUCGUGGAAGCUUGACUUUGGUUGGGUAUUAUGUACUGUACAUUGUUAAGUAGCGCAUUGUGUUGUGUGUUUAGCAAAUCUCGGGCUGGUGAUAAGCUGGCCGUGACGUAAUCGUGCGAAGGCUCAUCUCAUUUAUAUACAUACAUAGUCUGGAUUAUCAUCAGCAUCACAUAUAAAUGAUACAUAGAUAUACUUUUAUUGUUAUGAAUUGUUCCAGUUUUAAGGGGUUAUUUUAUGACAGAUUAACGGUUCAGCAUGGUUGUGCUCUCGUCACAUGCAUGGAAACAAACGAUAGCAAUCAGUAGUAUGAUUUAAGAAAUAUAUAAAUUGAAGAUUUUUAUUUCUUUAGUGUAUUUAUACUACUUAUUGUUGAACAUUUUCGUCUGGAUGUUGAUCAUCCAGAUGAUCAUCAUCCAAAGAUCAUCUCAUACAUAAGAACAAAGUUUAAAAAAACUAUAGGACCACUAUUAUAUCUCAAUUAAUAUUGUUGGCUACGUAAAAAUAUAUCCGCGUAGGUAUGGGAUGAGAUACAGUGACGCCAGAGACGUAUUAAAAGUAGACUGCAUACAGAAUACGUUUUGAACUUGCGAACAGUGACUUUAGUGUUUUCUUUGUGGUGACGAUGAAAUGACAAUUUAAUAAUAAAUUAAAUGCUCAUAUGGCCUUGAACUUGAAAAUAAAACUUUUAAAUAACUGAUAACUGCAUAACAUAAGUUUAACUUUUUUUUUCAUUUUAUUUUAUAUUUUUGUGUCGCUUUGGUUAUUUAAUCAAUGGGUUUUUUUAUUUUAUUUAUUUAUUUUAUUGCCUUGAACUUCGUUUUUGUUUCGUCCCACGGACGGACGCUUGGGUUAACUUGUGUAAUGUCUAAACAUCGAUCUAAACUACCGAAAGUUUAAAUCGAUGUGUCCAAACUUAUCGAAAAUUUACAACUGGAUUGAUAGCAAGUCAAAAUGAAAAUCGGAUUUACUUUUGGCGUCUGUGUGUUUAAAUUUUCCACACACAUUAAAACAAACCUGAAGAAUAAAUAGAUCGAUAUCUCGUAGGUACAUAAUCUUUGAAACAAUGUACAUAAUCUACUUACAUAAUGAGUCUGGUUGGGUAGAUUCGUAGAUAAUUCAUAUUUUUGGUGUAUGUAGUAUGAAAAAAUAUACAUAUAUGUACCUACAUAAACAAUUAAACAUAUAACGAAUAAAGUUGAAUAUUGGUACAUAUUUAUUGAAACAGUUCUCGCCGGGCUGUGCGAUUGAUGUCGUGUACCUGUACAAUAUAUUCACAAUUGAAUGUAAACAAUAUACAUAUUUCGUUAAGCAAGCAAGGUACAAUUAGACGAUUGGUUUCAAACGGGAUUUUGUAUAUUUUACGUCCACGAUGCUACAAAGUAAAACGAAAUCUAAAAUUGCGCAUCUGUAAUUCUCAAAGGCCGGAAUAGGUCAUCCAUAUACACGGAUGCAAUUAAAGCCAAUUUAUUCGAUGAUUUCAUUUAACUAUUUUUAACGAUCUCAGUUUCUCUUGCGGUACGAUACGAAGGAAUGAUAAACGAUAAACUAAGUACCUAUAUCGACAUGCUGUAAGCGUGAACCCGAUGUAUUUUAGUUAGUUCGUUAUAUAUAUGUAUGGUUGAAAUUAGCUUAUAUUUCUAUAUAUCAUAGCUAUAUAGGUUAAGGAUAAUUUUAAAAUUUAUAAAAAGGUUUUGUCGUCAAUAAGUUGCUUCGGAUUCUUCCAAAUACCUAAU